AUGGCGUUGAAAUUUCUGAACAAGAAGGGAUGGCACACAGGGAGCCUUCGGAACAUAGAGAACGUGUGGAAGGCAGAACAAAAGCACGAGGCCGAGCAGAAGAAGUUGGACGAGCUCCGCAAACAGAUCGUUGAAGAGCGCGAGCGCUCUGAGUUCCGCCUUCUCCAGGAGCAAGCCGGUCUCGUCCCGAGGCAAGAGCGGUUGGAGUUCUUAUAUGAUUCGGGAUUGGCCGUUGGGCGCCCUGGUGGUUCAGAUAGUUUCAAAACCCUUGAAGCCUUACCCAAGACCGAAGAAGCUCCUUCCUCCUCUGCCGCCUCCAAGCAGCAGGCAUCAGCAUCUGUGCCAGGAGCUCUGUUCGAAGAAAAGCCUCAAUCUGCCAAUGAUGCUUGGAGGAAGCUCCACUCGGAUCCUUUGCUUAUGAUUCGGCAGCGUGAGCAGGAAGCCCUUUCUCGUAUUAAGAACAAUCCUGUCCAGAUGGCCAUGAUUCGCAAAUCUGUUGAAGCAAAGAAGCCCGCAGAGAAACUGCAUGAAAAGAAGGAACAUCAGAAGAAGAAGCACCAUACUGGUGCUUCAAAGCAUAGCAAACAUUCAUCAUCCAUACAAGCAUCAGAUUCAGAAAAUGACACUGCUGAAGUGGAAAGGAGGAAGAGUGGUCAUCGUAAGAUAUCAAAGUAUGUUAGGCAUUCAGAUUCGGAAGAUGAAUCACGUAAAAGAGCACGUCGACGUGAGAACACUUUCAAGCAUUCAGAUUCAGAAGAUGAAUCACGUAUCAGAGCGCAUCGAAGUGGGAAGAACCCUGUUAAGCAUUCAGAUUCCGAAGAUGAAUUCCGUGACAGAACACGGAGAAGUGAGAAGAACCAUGUUAAACAUUCAGAUUUAGAAAAUGAAUCACAUAACAGAGCACGUCGAAGUGGUAAGAAUCCUGUUAACCAUUCAGUUUCCGAAGAUGAAUCGCAUUACAGAGCACAGAGAAGUGAGAAGAACCAUGUUAAACAUUCAGAUUUAGAAGAUGAAUCACAUAACACAGCACGCCGAAGUGGGAAGAAUCCUGUUAACCAUUCAGAUUCCGAAGAUGAAUUGCGUUACAAAGCACGGAGAAGUGAGAAGAACCAUGUUAAGCAUUCAGGUUCAGAAGAUGUAUCACGUAACAGAGCACAUCGAAGUGGGAAGAACCCUGUUAAGCAUUCGGAUUCUGAAGAUGAAUCCCGUUACAGAGCACAGCGAAGUGAGAAGAACCGCGUUAAACAUUCAGAUUCAGAAGAUGAAUCACGUAAAAGAUUAGGUCGAAGAGAGAAAAACCUUGUUAAGCAUUCAGAUUCGGAAGAUGAAUCGCGUAACAGAGCACGCCGAAGUGAGAAGAAUCAGUCCAUAAAAAUUGGAAGAGAUGAUGAAGCCAAGGGAAAACAUGAGAAUUUAGAACUAGAAAAAUACCCCAUGAAAGGUCGGAAUGAAUCACACUACAAGCGUCGAAAUGUUGCUCCUAAACUUUCAGAAGAAGAAAGAGCUGCUAGGCUAAAGGAGAUGCAAAUAGAUGCUGAGUUGCAUGAAGAGCAAAGAUGGAAACGAUUGAAAAAGGCCGAGGAGAAUGAUGCACUGGAAGCUACCCAGGUUGUCAAAUCCAGUGGCAAGAACUUCUUGGAUGCUGUUCAAACUAGUGUGUAUGGUGCUGAGAGGGGAGGAAGCUCAACAAUUGAGGAGAGUGUACGUCGCCGAACACAUUAUUUGCAGGGCAGAUCUGAAGCAAGUGAACGCAAUGCUUUUCGCCGGUAA